AUGGAGUGGCUAGCCAUCAUCAUACUUUGUAUCCAGUUUGGUUGGAUUUCACCCUGCGUUUUUGACAAAGUAGAGGUCAUACCGGGUUUGCUAUAUCAAGAGACGAUCAAGGACGAGAGUGGGUGCUUUGCUGCAUGCUACGAGAACAACACGUGCAUUGCACUUGCUUACAGAAAAAUUGUGGACGGAUGCAGAUUGUUCAUCACUGGAAACUCUAGUAAUACUUGUCAUCCUGACGAUGUUUGCUACACCCUUCAACGCGAUGAGGAAGAUUCCAUGUGCGCAAGAUAUGUGAACGUUUAA